GGACACCGUCGCGAAGGCGCGGCCCACUUCCCUUGCGCGGAGGGGCGGCCGCUCGGCCUUUCCGCCCCGGGCCGGGCGUGGAACUAAGGCCCUCUCCCCUCCCCAGCCCCGGCCGCCCCCCGAGCUGAGUCCGCGGGAGUUCGGGCAGAGCGCCGAGCGGACACUUCGCGGCUCCUCCCCGGCGGCGGCGGCGGCAGCGGCUCGGAGCGGGCUCCGGGGCUCGGGCGCAGCGGCCAGCGGACGCCGGGCUGCAAGGAUUACCGGUGCAUGGUGCUCGCCUCCCUGGCUGGAGCGGCGCAGAGGGACGCCGCGGGCGCAGGGCCGGAGCGCGGGGCCGGCGGCGGAGCGCAGGAGCGCGGGCUAGAGCGGCCGGGUCGUUGGCCCGAGGGUAGCGCGGGCACCGGGCGAGCAGGCCGCGUCGCGCUCACCAUGGUCAGCUGCUGGGACACCGGGGUCCUGCUCUGCGCGCUGCUCAGCGGUCUGCUUCUCACAGGAUCUAGUUCAGGUUCAAAAUUAAAAGGUCCUGAACUGAAUUUAAAAGGCACCCAGCACGUCAUGCAAGCAGGCCAGACGCUCUAUCUCAAAUGCAGGGGGGAGGCAGCCCAUUCUUGGUCUUUGCCUGAAACGGUGAGUAGGGGAAGCAAAAGGCUGAGCAUUACCAAAUCUGCCUGCGGAAGAAAUGGCAAACAGUUCUGCAGCACUUUGACCUUGAACAACGCCCAGGCAAACCAUACUGGCUUCUACAGCUGCAAAUAUUUAUCUAUACCCGCCUCAAAGAAGAAGAAAACAGAUUCUACAAUCUAUAUAUUUAUUAAUGAUCCAGAGAGCCCUUUUACAGAGAUGCACAGUGAAAUACCCAAAACUAUAUACAUGACAGAAGGGAGCAAGGUUGUCAUCCCCUGUCGGGCCACCUCACCCAACAUCACUGUUACCUUAAAAAAGUUUCCACUUGAUACGCUCAUCCCUGAUGGAAAAAGAAUCAUCUGGGACAGUAGGAAAGGUUUUAUAAUAUCAAAUGCAUCGUACAAAGAAAUUGGGCUCCUGACCUGUGAAACAACUGUCAAUGGACAUCUGUAUCAGACAAACUAUCUAACAUAUCGACAAAACAGUACCAUCAUAGACACCCAAAUAAGCACGCCAAGCCCCGUCAAACUACUUAGAGGACAGACGCUCACUCUCAACUGCAGUGCCACCACUCCCCUGAACACGAGGGUUCAAAUGACAUGGAGUUACCCUGGUGAAGCAAAUCAGAGAGCUUCUAUAAGGCGACGAAUUGACCAAAGCAAUUCCCUUGUCAAUGUAUUCUACAGUUUUCUAAUUAUUAACAAGGUGCAGAACAAAGACAAAGGACUCUACACCUGUCACGUGAAGAGUGGAUCAGCACUUGCAUCCGUUAACACCUCAGUUCAUAUUUAUGAUAAAGCAUUCAUCAAUGUGAAACAUCGAAAACAGCAGGUGCUUGAAACUGUGGCUGGCAAGCGGUCUUACCGGCUUUCCAUGAAAGUGAAGGCAUUUCCCUCUCCAGAAGUCGUAUGGUUAAAGGAUGGGUUACCAGCGACUGAGAAAUCUUCUCACUAUUUGGUUCAUGGCUAUUCAUUAAUAAUCAAAGAUGUAACUGCUGAGGAUGCAGGGGAUUAUACAAUCUUGCUGGGCAUAAAGCAGUCAAAUGUGUUUAAAAAUCUCACUACCACCCUGAUCGUAAAUGUGAAACCUCAGAUUUAUGAAAAGGCCGUGUCAUCAUUUCCAGACCCAACUCUCUACCCACUGGGCAGCAGACAAAACCUGAUAUGUACCAUUUAUGGUAUCCCGCCACCUACAGUCAAGUGGUUCUGGCAUCCCUGUAACCAUAAUCAUUCUAAAGCAAGGUAUGACAUUUGUUCCAAUAAUGGAGAGUCUUUCAUCCUGGAUCCUGACAGCAACAUAGGAAACAGAAUUGAGAGCAUCUUGCAGCGCAUGGCAGUAAUAGAAGGAAAGAAUAAGACGGUUAGCACCUUGGUCGUGGCAGACUCUAGAAUUUCUGGAAUCUACAGUUGCAUGGCUUCCAAUAAAGUAGGAACUGCGGGAAGAAACAUAAGCUUUUAUAUCACAGAUGUGGCAAAUGGAUUUCACAUUCACUUGGAAAAAAUGCCUGCGGAAGGAGAGGACCUGAAACUGUCGUGCACGGUUAACAAGUUCUUGUACAAAGACAUUACUUGGAUUUUGCUGCGGACAGUUAAUAACCGAACAAUGCACCACAGUAUUAGCAAGCAAAAAGCGGCAGUCACUAAAGAGUACUCCGUGACUCUCCAUCUCGUCAUCAAGAACGUUUCCCUAGAAGAUUCAGGCACCUAUGCCUGCAGAGCCAGGAACAUAUACACAGGGGAAGAAACCCUUCAGAAGAAAGAAGUUACAAUUAGAGAUCAGGAAGCCCCUUACCUCCUGCGAAACCUCACUGAUCAAACUGUGGCCCUCAGCAACUCCACCACGUUAGACUGUCGUGCCAAAGGUGUACCAGAGCCUCAGAUAACCUGGUUUAAAAACAAUCACAAAAUACAACAAGAACCCGGAAUUAUUUUAGGACCAGGAAGCAGCACGCUGUUUAUUCAAAGAGUCACAGAAGAGGAUGAGGGCGUCUAUCACUGCAGAGCCACUAACCAGAGGGGUUCUGCGGAAAGUUCGGCAUACCUCACUGUUCAAGGGACCUCAGACAAGUCGAACCUGGAGCUGAUCACUCUGACAUGCACCUGCGUGGCUGCCACUCUCUUCUGGCUCCUGUUGACACUGUUUAUCCGAAAACUGAAAAGGUCUUCCUCUGACAUAAAGACGGACUACCUGUCAAUCAUCAUGGAUCCAGACGAAGUCCCCCUGGAUGAGCAGUGCGAGCGGCUCCCUUACGAGGCCAGCAAGUGGGAGUUCGCCCGGGAGAGACUUAAACUGGGCAAAUCCCUUGGAAGAGGGGCUUUUGGAAAAGUGGUUCAAGCAUCUGCAUUUGGUAUUAAGAAAUCACCCACAUGCCGGACUGUGGCUGUAAAAAUGUUGAAAGAGGGGGCCACGGCCAGCGAGUACAAGGCUCUGAUGACGGAGCUCAAGAUCCUGACCCACAUCGGUCACCACCUCAACGUGGUCAACCUGCUGGGCGCCUGCACCAAGCAAGGAGGGCCUCUGAUGGUGAUCGUUGAAUACUGCAAAUAUGGAAAUCUAUCCAACUACCUCAAGAGCAAACGGGACUUAUUUUUUCUCAAUAAGGAUGCUGCUUUACACACGGAGCCCAAGAAAGAAAAAAUAGAGCCAGACCUGGAGCAAGGCAAGAAACCCAGACUAGAUAGUGUCACCAGCAGCGAGAGCUUUGCCAGCUCCGGGUUUCAGGAAGAUAAAAGUCUGAGUGAAGUUGAGGAAGAUGAUGAUCCUGAUGGUUUCUACAAGCAGCCCAUCACGAUGGAAGAUCUGAUUUCUUACAGUUUUCAAGUGGCCAGAGGCAUGGAGUUUCUGUCUUCCAGAAAGUGCAUUCAUCGGGACCUGGCGGCGCGAAACAUUCUUUUAUCUGAGAACAAUGUGGUGAAGAUUUGCGAUUUUGGCCUUGCCCGGGAUAUUUAUAAGAACCCCGACUAUGUGAGAAAAGGAGAUACUCGACUUCCUCUGAAGUGGAUGGCUCCCGAGUCCAUCUUCGACAAGAUCUAUAGCACCAAGAGCGACGUGUGGUCUUAUGGAGUCCUGCUGUGGGAAAUCUUCUCCUUGGGUGGCUCUCCAUACCCGGGUGUGCAGAUGGACGAGGACUUCUGCAGCCGCCUGAGGGACGGCAUGAGGAUGAGGGCCCCUGAGUACGCAACCCCCGAAAUCUAUCAGAUCAUGCUGGACUGCUGGCACAAAGACCCAAAAGAAAGGCCGAGAUUUUCAGAACUUGUGGAAAAACUAGGCGAUCUGCUUCAAGCAAAUGUACAAAAGGAUGGUAAAGACUAUAUCCCACUGAACGCCAUACUGACAGGAAACACUGGGUUUACCUACUCCCGUCCCGCCUUCUCUGCAGACUUCUUCAGGGAAGAUAUUUCAGCUCCAAAGUUUAAUUCAGGAAGCUCUAAUGAUGUCAGAUACGUAAAUGCUUUCAAAUUCAUGAGCCUGGAAAGGAUCAAAACCUUUGAAGAAAUUCCAUCACAUGCCAUCUCCCUGCUGGAUGACUACCGGGUGGACAGCAGCCUGCUGGCCUCCCCAGUGCUGAAGCGCUUCACCUGGGCCGAGAGCAAACCCAAGGCCUCCCUCAAGAUUGACUUGCGAGUGAUCAGUAAAAGUAAGGAGUCGGGGCUUGCUGACAUCACCAGGCCAAGUUUCUGCCAUUCUAGCUGUGGGCACAUCAGCAAAGGCCAUCACCGAUUUACGUAUGACAACUCAGAGCUGGAAAAGAGGAUUUCAUGCUGCUCUCCUCCCCCAGACUACAACUCGGUGGUCUUAUACUCCACCCCACCUGUCUAAAGUUUGACACAAAGCCUUAUCUCUAGAAACAUGUGUAUUUAUACCCCUAGAAAACUAGCUUUUGCCAGUAUUAUGCAUACAUAAGUUUACACCUUUACUUUUCACAGGAGCCAGCUUUAUAUGACUUUUAAUAGUGCUUUUAUUUUUCUUUGACUAACAAGAAUGUAACCCCAGAUAAAUAGAGAAAUAGUCACAAGUGAAGAACUUUAUGGCCAAAUCCCUGUAUCCUCGAUGUGUUACCAAAAUCCUUUCUAAGCCCAAUGACUUUCCUGCUACAACCCCCAAUGCCUCAGGCACGUGGGGCUUUGAAGGACCAGGAGAUAAGCUGGGCAUGUGACGAAGCGCGGGCUCUGCUGGGCCAGCCCCUGUAGCCCUGGGACCAGAAGGACGAGCCCUUUAGCGCCACGGAUCACCAACUGGUCUGAGCUCUGCCUCUGGGGUUUGUUAGCAGGUGUAAGACACGGAAGCCUGAGAGGGGGAAGGACGGAAGGAGGGAGCUGCAGAGAAAACAGGACGGGGCAGAACAAGGAAGAAUUUGAGAUGUACCAUAUGGGAAGGCAGCGGGAGGAGGCUAUCAAUGCCACUUCAGUGGCUUCCGAAAUCCCAACCUAACCCAUCCCACGGCGGGGAACCCAGCAAGGAGGCAGACAGGGCAGAGGAAUGAGGGGACAUUUUCUGAAUUCUGGUAGGGAAGAAAGGAUAAAUACAGUUUUUGGAACUACAAAGCCAAGUUUUAAAACUUGACCUAUGGGACUGGUUCCCUAUGGGGCAAGUUUUUUAUGUCUAACACUGAGCUUGGCGCUCAACUCUAAGCCCAUAAUGCCGGCUCCUCUAACAAAUACACUGAAAAUUUAGCCAGAGCUAGGUUGGCUCCAUACCACGAUGGCCUUACACUUAGCAUAUGGCUCAGAGUAAGCUAACUGGAAAGAGUUUGGUCUGUAGGAUUAUUUUAAAGACCAUGAAUGUCGGAUUCUAUUUAGAGUAUUAACGUAUAGUCAAGAUAACUCAAUUUUUUGUAUCACCCUGUUUUGUACAGUUACUUAUAAAAGGAAGCUGAGGAGAGUGGAAAUGCAGUCUUGUGGAGGGGUUUCUCUGCACCCAAGCAAGGAUGGAUGAAAUAAAAGUACAAUAAGGCAGAACAAAAAACCCAUCUCUACAUCAUCCAAACCAACUCACCAAAACAGUUGAGACUCAAAGCAUAGGAAGUCAACAUGUUUCCCUUUUAUCUAAUGGGAAUCCACUAUCACGCUAAUCUCCUGGAAAGAUGUUGAAGAGCAUUAACCAAUGUUUAUUAAGCACUUUAUGCUCCUUGAGGAAAGAAAGGUGAUACAUAAUUUAUGCAAAGUGUUUCUAGAAUUGGGACUCAGGCUAUCAGUUUCCAAGUCAUCAAGGGGAGAAAAGCCUUUUGUUUUUUGUUUUUGUUUCUUUAUCUUCUUUGGACCUUGCCAUGGGUCAGAAGAUGAUGGGAAUAGGGAGACAGGGUGGAAAAGGGCACCUACUCUUCAGGGUCUAAAGAUCCAAAGGGCCCUGGAUCUCCAACUGGCUCUUUGAUGAUAUUUAUGCCAAUUACAUUCUACAUAUUCCGGGUGUGUGCACCUUCUGAAGCCGGUCACAAGCUGGGCAGGAAACAGGGAAUUGCUGCUUCUGAUAGAGAAGAGUGCGCUUCAAUUUAUGCCACUUAAUUCUAGCCUUAAUUGUAAGUAACAGGAGAAUGCUUCCUUCCCACUGGGGCACGUUCUUGUUAAAAUCUUUGCAUGAAGAGAUGGACGAGCCAGAGCCCGACCGGGUCAGUACCUUCCCUAGUGAGACAGUGGGGCCCCAGUGGCGGCUGUGCUGGAGGAGUCACAGGCCAGCCGGGGACAAGGCAGGCCCCCACACCCAGACCUGCACCCACCAGAAAUCAGGCCCGGGCCGCAGGAGGGGAGGCAGCUUUGGUCUUCUCUACUUCACAUUCACACAAAGCACUCGUGAGAGCUGACAGUAUGUAUCCAUCAGGGAACCAGAGGAGGUUAAGCACAGAGAAAAUCAUAUACAGCCCAGCAAUCAGGAAUAACAAAGAAAAACCUUAGCUAGCUGUAGAAUUUGCUGCCUUCAUUAAUUUAAUUCUUAAUCAUUAAGAGACCUUAGUAAUACCAUUUUACCAAGAAACUAAUACUAAAAAAAUUAUUAUAACUAUGUUAAUUCAUGCUUCUUCGAAGACUUAGGUUUGUAGCUGACACAAUUCCAUCAGUUAAAAAAUGGUUCCAUGUGGAGUUGUAAUAUAGAAAGAAAAACGGAAGCUUGAAAUGAGUAUAUCUAGUUGCAAAGUGCUUGGGAGAGACUGGUUCAUUAAUACAGCACUGAAAAUCAAAACACUAGUUAAUGAUAGUAUUGCUAGAAACAUUUGCCGUGUAUGACAAAUAGUUGGCACUACCAGCUGAAGAACAAGCAUUCUUGAGGUAAUGCAUGUGUGACCACGUAGGGGACGUGGGCCUGGAACCACAGACAGUCUCUGUUAACCCAAGAAAGGAUGCUCAGACCCUAAAUUUGUCCAAAUCAUGAAAAACGUUGUUUGGGUCUUCUAGCGAUGCCUUGUUUCCCAGUCCAUAAGACUGUCAAACUUGAAACACGUAUUUGCCAGCCCCAUUUAGAUUGAUUAAAGGAGGAGUGUGUCUUUGAAUGACAGUGUUAGCAACUCUCUGUAUGUGUGUGUGUGUGUGUGUGUGUGUGUGUUUUGUGCAUAACUAUUUAAGGAAACUGGAAUUUUAAAGUUACUUUUAUAUAAACCAAGAAUAUAUGCUGCAGAUAUAAGUAAGACAUGAUUUGGUCCUACACUUCUAGUCAUUAUGAAUGUAUUUUGUAUACUAUCUGCAUAUAAUAAAAUUAACUUCCAAAGACA